AAGUAGCUUGCUACAUAUAUAUUUAUCUAUGAUAUAAGUUUGUGGUAGUUGUAGAAGACUGUAUAGUAACUGCCAAUCGUAUUGCAUUUUGAUAUUUUUGAAAACUCAGGUUUAUUGAUGAAAAAGUGAAUUCAAUUUUAUUAAAGCUAUAGAAAACAGGAAUGGCCUUCAGUGAAGUUUGUAGAAUUUGUUUAUGCGUUAAUGUUAGCAUGCUUGUACUAAAGAAGACUAGUCUCCGAAAUUUGUACAAAACAUUGACGAACAGUUUUAUGGAUGAGGAUGAGGAGCCCAUUAUUGUCUGUUUCACCUGUCAUGCAAGACUCAUUCGUUGCAGAACAUUACAACAACAGGCUAUUGAGUCAAAAGCAGUUCUGGAGCAGUUGCUUGCAGGAGGGUCCAUGUCAAUACCAAAAUGGCAUGAGGCUAGAGAUAAGAUUCAAUUCACACCAAUUAGUCAUAUAGAUAUCAGGCCAGUAGAGUGUGAUAUAGAACAUGAUUGUAAGAACGAAAUGUUUAGCCUUGAAUCUGUGAAAGUUGAGGAAGAGAAUUUCGAAAAUGAGUAUUACAAUUUUGAACAAAAUGAGAAUCAUGAAACAGAGAAUUCUGAAAAACAAGAAGAUUUGGAGAUCGAUGCUUUUGAAGAUAGACAUACGGAUUCGGAGUACGACUUGCCGCUAAUUGCAUUUGGUUCAAAGAUUAAAAAAGAUGACGAUGACAUAGAAACUUCUGAAAAGAAGAUUAAAUCAAAUUCUACUGAUUGUAACAUAAACGAUGUUCGUAAAGAAAACCUCGAUUUUGAAGGCCCUACUAUUAAAUCAAACCCUAAAGUGAAAAUAGAUAAUCAACCAAUUAAUAGAAAAGGAAAGCAUCCUGCAAAGAUUAUGAAAACGAAAAUUUUGAAACAAAAGAGUGUAAAUAUACUUAAGAAAAAGACAUCUGGGACAUCAACUAAAUACAUUUUUGAAUGUGAUGGUUGUAGUAAAAAAUUUUCAACAAAAGACAUUCUCGCCAAACACAUUUCAUACAGUCAUAAGACGCAAAAGAACUCAGACACCACUGCAUUUCGGACACAAGUAGAAUUAACUCCAGUACCACAACAAACAGAAAUAUUUAAUUGUGAUAUUUGCGAAUUUAAAACAUCUCAAAAACGUAACAUUUUGGCACAUCUUAAAGCGCACGUCGCUAAACAAAUGUACUGUUGUAAUAAUUGUGAAUAUAAAUGUAUUAGAAAAAGUGUGUUGCAAAUGCACAUGAAAAUACACACCGGUGAAAAACCUUUUUCGUGUAAUAUCUGUGAAUAUAGAUGUAUUACAAAAUGUCGUUUGCAAAAACAUAUGAAAAUACACACCGGUGAAAAAUCUUUUUCGUGUAAUGUCUGUGAAUAUAGAUGUAUUACAAAAUGUAAUUUGCAAAGACAUUUAAAAACACACACUGGAACAAAACCUUUUUCGUGUAAUAUCUGUGAAUAUAGAUGUAUUAGAAAAAGUCAUUUGCAAAGACAUAUGAAAAUACACACCGGUGAAAAACUUUUUUCGUGUAAUAUCUGUGAAUAUAGAUGUAUUACAAAAAGUCGUUUGCAAAAACAUAUGAAAAUACACACCGGUGAAAAACCUUUUUCGUGUAAUAUCUGUGAAUAUAGGUGUAUUAGAAAAUGUGAUUUGCAAACUCAUAUAAAAAUACAUACUGGAGAAAAAUCUUUUUCGUGUAAUAGCUGUGGAUAUAGAUGUAUUAGAAAAAGUGAUUUGCAAACCCAUAUAAAAAUACAUACUGGAGAAAAACCUUUUUCGUGUAAUAUCUGUGAAUAUAGAUGUAUUAGAAAAAGUACUUUGCUAACUCAUAUGAAAAUACACACUGGUGAAAAACCUUUUUCGUGUAAUAUCUGUGAAUAUAGAUGUAUUAGUAAAAGUGAUUUGCAAAAACAUAUGAAAAUACACACCGGAGAAAAACCUUUUUCUUGUAAAAUCUGUGAAUAUAGAUGUAUUAGAAAAAAAGAUUUGCAAAGACAUUUAACAACACACAUUGGAGCGAAACCUGUUUCGUGAGCUAUCUGGUAGAAUAUGUACAAUAUUGUGUAAACGUGUUUUAUAUAAAUAUGUGUGUACCAGAUAAAAAUCUAUUUUUUGUGAAUUUGUGAUGUAAUAAAACCUUUCUGUGUCUUAUGUGCAAAUUGAAACUGCAUUUAUUCUGAAGAAGUUAAUUCAAUACCUAAUUUAAAAUAUUGUACAACCGAAUUCAAUACAAACUAUUAAGAAUAAUUCAAAAACUAUUGGUCAAAUGACCAACAGACCUUGAUCAAAUUUAUAUGGGAUCACAUGUGAAGCACCUGCUUUCAAAUAAAAAAAAAAGAAUUAUCGAAAUCGGUUCAUACAGAAUAAGUUAAGACGUAAUAAACAUAAAAUAGAACAUACAGUCGAAUUGAGUACCUCCUCCUUUUUGUAGUCGGUAGAAAGCAAAAAAUAUUGGAACCUUAAAAUAAAUACCGAAUGUGUGAAUGGAGGUUAGUGGAAACAGACUAGACCUUCAUGUUUUUUUUUUUAUUUUGAUGAUAGUUUACGUUUUUCUUUUAUCGCCUCGACGUUUAUUGUUUCCGUUACAGCCCUUAAAACUACUCUGUUGAACAUAGGCUUCCCCCGUGGCUUGCGUCAUAUUUGCCUUAGUUGCCAUGCAGGUGGGUUGGCAACCGCGGUUUGUUUAUUAUUUUUACUUGUAAUCAGGGAGACGCGGCUGUCCAUCUUGUAGUUUGUUUCCCUCUGUCGCCUCUUACGACACCCGCGGGACGAUACGGGGUAGUGGAUUGUCUUACACUAUAUCACAUUAUGAUGCUGUGUGGUGGUGUCUGUCUGUACGUGGUAGAGCCACACUGCAGCUAUAUUGUGGUUGUAGCACGAAUGGAUCGGUGGGUAGGACCACGCUCUCACAGAAUACCAGCUUUCGUGAGAAAAUUAUGUUUCGUAUGGUGAGUGUAGAGAACCGGCUAUCGCAUUCACUAGUAACAAGGCAUUCCAUCUCAGUCCUCAUGGUGACAACGCAUCUGCAUUUUACUUCUCAAUUGAGGAUAAGGAUUCUUAAUAUUUGUCAAUGGGCCACAGCAUUCACUUACCAUCAGUUGGACUGUGUGCUCGUAUGUCAUCCUUAUUCUAUUUAAAAAAAUCAACGAUUAUUUGAGGAGUCGACGGGUCACGUGUACGAUGUUUUUCUCGAUCCGUUCACGCCACGUCCCCAUCCCGUCCGCGCAGUAUGUAUGCAUUUUCACGUACAUUUCCUAAGGAACGAUAUUUCCAAAACUUGACGUCCCGCUCCGUCCAGAAUAAAACACGUUACGUAUGCAGUGACCUGAUCAUGAGAUAUGGAUGUAUUUUUCCACACACUCAGCAAGUAUAUAAUCACGUCGUCCAAAACUCGCUAAGCAUCUUCGGUGAGAUCCUUAAUAAUUGCAGAUGUGGUCGGUCGAAUUCUCGUAGUCACUCCCCGAAGUAUAGUUCGUGUCCGUGUAAUCGUUUUAAUAAUUAAUUAUUUUUAAUCCUAUUCAAAAACGACUAUAUCAAAUAUAAAGGUAUGAUAGUUAAACAUACUGGUAAUAUUAAAUUAUUAUUUAUUCCAAUCAAAAACUGUUUAGAAAACUGGUUUUAAUUUAUAUGGAAUGGCAAAUAAUUCCAGGAAAUACUGCGGUUUGUAAAUAAGUCGAAGUUUGGCACAAGUAUUUAAAUUGCUUUCCUUUUCCUGUAUGUGGAGCUGGAAAAAAAGUUUAAUGAAUAAUGGCAUAAAACUAAAAAGGAGGAGCAUGACAUCAGAAACUGUUACUUUUUUUUAAAUCAAUCAUUCAUGUAGGCUUCUUUUAAAACAACCAUGACAACAAAAACCAUAUGCGAAGCAUUAUUGUGUCACAAUAAUGCCUCGGAUAUGGUUUUUGUUGCAGCUAUAUUAUGGUUGCUAGCACGAAUAAGUCAGCUUGAUGGGGAAAGACCAUACUCUUACAAAAUAUCAGCGUAAUUUUUUUCUCUUUAUUUGGUCUACAAAACGGAAAACAAUUUCAACAUAGUGACAGGUAUUAUAUAAAACAAAGAUUUCAAAAAUUGUAUUCUGAUAUACAGGGUUAUUGUGCAAUAACCGGUCAAAUUUGCAGAGAAGGUUCGGAAUAAGUAAUCAAGGCAAAUGGUGAAGAAAAAAAAAAUAUUCUGAUCCUUUUUAUAUUGUAAAUUCAAAAUGCAUGAUAUGCGAUAAUUUUAAUAAACAUUUUAAUUUAAAACAAUGUUUUUCUGUAUUAAAAUGAAAAAUCAC